GCGGCCGCGGGCGCGAGUACUUCCGGUAGUGCGGGCGCUGGGUCGCGCUGAGUGGGUUGGAGGCUGGCGGCGGCGCAAUGACCACGCUCCGGGCCUUCACCUGCGACGACCUGUUCCGCUUCAACAACAUUAAUUUGGAUCCACUUACAGAAACUUAUGGGAUUCCUUUUUACUUACAGUACCUUGCGCACUGGCCAGAGUAUUUCAUCGUUGCCGAGGCACCUGGCGGAGAGCUAAUGGGUUAUAGUAAGUACAGUACCACUAGUACUUUUUUGGUUAUGGGCAAAGCAGAAGGCUCAGUAGCUAGGGAAGAGUGGCAUGGACAUGUCACAGCUCUGUCUGUCGCCCCUGAAUUCCGCCGUCUUGGCUUGGCUGCUAAACUUAUGGAGUUACUAGAGGAAAUUUCAGAAAGAAAAGGUGGAUUUUUUGUUGAUCUCUUCGUUAGAGUAUCCAAUCAAGUUGCUGUCAACAUGUACAAGCAGUUGGGUUACAGUGUCUACAGGACAGUCAUAGAGUACUACUCAGCCAGCAAUGGGGAGCCUGAUGAGGAUGCCUACGAUAUGAGGAAAGCACUUUCCAGGGACACUGAGAAGAAGUCCAUCAUCCCAUUACCUCAUCCUGUGAGGCCUGAGGACAUUGAAUAACCAUAGGCAGUGGUUCUUAGGCAGGCGUUCCAGACAGUUUGUGGACAUAUUAUUUUCAUAGGAUGAUCUUGGAGCUCGUAGGAGGAAAGCAAGCAUUUAAGUCUUAAAGACUUCAAAACAUGCAGGCUAUGAACUUACUUCAAAUCUUAUCCUUCCAAUGAGCAAUGGCAUACAUGUUCAACUGUUUGCCAUAGUAAAGUUCAAUCAAGGCAGCUAAGUCAGAAGGACACGUUCCACUAUCAUGGUUGACAGUACAUGCCAAGGAAAGACUCCUCCAUCCUCCUCCUAAAUCCUGUGCCUGAGAACCACUGCUGCACAUAUAUAAAUAUAUAUAUAUUUUAUUUUGUAUUGAUCUGUUAAUUGAAGCUUUAAAAGCAUAUAUGAAAUGUAUAAAUCUGAGAUGUAUAGUAAAACACAUUGUUGACUAUGAAUGUUUUCUGGAA